AUGGCUCCCAAGGUUGCGAUCGUUUUUUACUCCAUGUACGGCCAUAUCCGGCAGCUUGCCGAGGCCGAGAAGCAGGGCAUCGAGAAGGCCGGCGGCAAGGCAGACCUCUACCAGAUUCCGGAAACCUUAUCCGACGAGAUUCUCGCGAAGCUGCACGCUCCACCAAAGCCGACUAACAUCCCUGUACUGAGCGACCCGUCUGUCUUACUAGAGUAUGACGGCUUCAUACUCGGAGUACCUACACGAUAUGGCAACUUCCCUGCCCAGUGGAAAGCCUUCUGGGACGAGACAGGCAAGAUAUGGGCUUCUGGGGGAUACUUUGGCAAGUUCGCGAGUCUCUUCAUUUCGACUGGCACUCUCGGCGGCGGCCAAGAGUCUACUGCUCUUGCGAUGAUGUCAACCCUGGCGCACCACGGCAUCAACUACAUUCCGCUCGGUUACGCAAAGACAUUCCCUCAGCUUACUGCCAUCAAUGAGGUGCAUGGCGGUAGCCCCUGGGGCGCUGGCACUUUCGCUGCCAUUGACGGGUCACGCCAGCCCAGCGCUCUCGAGCUAGAAAUUGCCACAGCCCAGGGCGAGCAUUUUUAUGAAACUGUCUCUAAGGCUUUCAGCUAG